AUGCAGCUACCGAUCGCAGCGCUGUGCCUCGCGCUCGCUCUGGCGGCGACCGGCGCUGCCGCCUCGGAAGAUCCUUUUGCUAGUCCCAGUAAAGGGGGUGUGGCCUCUAUGCCUCUCAGCCCCAAGAUAAAGGGUGUGGCCGCGUCUCUCUCUCUCUCUCUCUCUCUCUCUCUCUCUCUCUCUCUGGCUCCAGACUCAGAUGAGUUGUCUUUAGCUGAACUGGAAGACAUGUUAUUAAGGAAACUAUUUCAUGGUUAUCAGAAGUGGGUGAGACCCGUCCUGCACGCCAACGACUCCAUCACCGUCCGCUUCGGCCUCAAGAUCUCCCAGCUGGUGGACGUGGAUGAAAAGAACCAGCUCAUGACUACUAAUGUCUGGUUGUGGCAGGAGUGGACAGACUAUAAGCUGAGCUGGAACCCAGAGAAUUAUGGGGGAAUCACGUCCAUCCGAGUGCCUUCGGAGAACAUCUGGCUGCCUGACAUCGUCCUCUAUGAAAAUGCUGAUGGGCGUUUCGAGGGCUCACUGAUGACAAAAGCGAUCGUCAAGUACGACGGUACAGUGACAUGGACUCCUCCAGCCAGCUACAAGUCUUCCUGCACCAUGGACGUCACUUACUUCCCUUUCGACCGCCAGAACUGUUCGAUGAAGUUCGGUUCAUGGACGUACGAUGGCGCCAUGGUGGAUCUGACCCUGAUCGACCCCCAUGUGGACCGCAAGGACUUUUUCGACAACGGCGAGUGGGAGAUCCUGGACGCCAGCGGGCGGCGAGGGAGCCGUCGUGAUGGAAUCUACUCGUAUCCGUUCGUCAACUACUCCUUCAUCCUGAAGCGCCUGCCUUUGUUCUACACGCUCUUCCUGAUCAUCCCGUGCCUCGGCCUCUCCUUCCUCACCGUGCUGGUUUUCUAUCUCCCGUCGGACGAAGGCGAGAAGCUUUCGCUGUCCACGUCUGUGCUCGUCUCGCUCACCGUCUUCCUCCUUGUCAUCGAGGAGAUCAUCCCGUCCUCGUCCAAGGUCAUCCCGCUGAUCGGCGAGUACCUGCUCUUCAUCAUGAUCUUCGUCACCUUCUCCAUCAUCGUCACGGUCUUCGUCAUCAACGUGCACCACCGCUCCUCAGCCACCUACCACCCCAUGGCGCCGUGGGUCAGGAGACUCUUCCUGCAGAGCUUACCCAGAAUGCUGUGCAUGCGUGGCCACACUGAUCGCUACCUCUAUGCGGACAUGGAGCCACACCGGAGUCCGGAGCAGAAGCGUGGGAUGAAGAAAGGGGUGAAGAAGAGUGCGGGAGGAAAGGAGGACGAGUCCUGGGUGGCCAUGCUGGAGAAAGCCACCAGCUCAGUGCGCUACAUAUCCAGACACAUUAGGAAGGAGCACUUCAUCAGAGAGGUGGUUCAGGACUGGAAGUUCGUGGCUCAAGUGUUGGACCGGAUCUUCCUGUGGGUCUUCCUCACCGUGUCCGUACUUGGCACCAUCCUCAUCUUCACUCCGGCUCUGAACAUGUACCUCAGCAGCGCUCCUUAAAAACGCCCCGCAAACCGCAUUACAAACUCGUCCUUAAAACCCACGGGGCCAAAAAAAAAAAAAGACAGCUUUCCUUAACCAAUACCAACCUGAUACAACCACUGCUUCAAUACAUACCGACUACAUCAUUCUAAACCUUUUAGAUUAGACCUCAAAGGGUUACUCAGACCUGCAAGAAUAUCCGCUCUCACAUAAACGCACCUUGCAGAUAUUCUACCCAAAAACAUUCA